AAAAUCGAACUUUGAAAACACACCUUAGGAUUAUAUAAAGAGAGACAACUCUCCAUUGACAAAUUCCUUGUUUCAAUAAAAAGUCACAGUACGUUAGUAUUAUCACAUUACUCGUCAAACAGCGCCAUCUUGCCUCGUAAUUGUAAUUCGUCAGUGCCUGUGAAUGGACUUGUCAUAAGUGUUUUAUAUUAUUUUGUUUCUUAUUUCCGUUAAAAUUAGUAUAUUAAAUUUCCAGUCUAUAUUACGUAUUACAAAGUCACGCCCGAGCAUGAGAAAGUAUAGAUAGUUUCGAAAUUGACAUAUCACGCAUUUUCAUGGAUUAGUCUUGCACCUAAACCAGUUUUAUUAACAAGGCUUUUUGAAGAAAAAUUUGAAUUUCCCAUUGUAUUAAUUCUAGGAUUUUGUUGUGAUUCAAAAAGUGUUUGGGAGUUUUCUAUAUUUGUGGACAAGAAGUAGCUUCAUCAACGACCCGAGCCAUAUUUCAUAUGCCAACAAUGGCUAUGCAGAAGAUGAGAAGACAAGGUCAAGACGUUAUGCAAGUAAAUUUAGCAGGUAUUAGGCGAGAUAUUGUUAAUCUUGCCCAUAAUUAUAGCAAUGCUCAGAAAGCUGUACGUAAAGCCACUAGUAAUGAUCCUUGGGGUCCAAGCAGUACACUUAUGGCAGAAAUUGCUGAUUUAACAUAUAAUGUUGUGGCUUUCACUGAGAUUAUGCAAAUGUUAUGGAAAAGAUUAAAUGAUCAUGGCAAAAAUUGGCGACAUGUAUACAAAGCCUUAGUUCUUUUAGAAUAUCUCAUCAAAACAGGCACAGAAAAAGUUGCACAACAAUGUAAAGAAAAUAUUUUUGCCAUUCAAACAUUAAAAGAUUUUCAGUAUAUGGAAGGAUCUAAAGAUCAAGGAGUUAAUGUUAGAGAAAAAGCAAAACAACUUGUGGCCUUAUUAAAAGAUGAUGAAAGAUUACGAAAUGAAAGAGCUAGAGCAUUGAAAGCAAAAGAAAGAUUUGCCCAAUCAGUUAGUGGAUUUGGUAGUGAUGGAUUAGAUACUAUAUCACCUGUAAGCAGUGAUUUUCAAGAUUGGGAACCAUGUCGCCUAGGAUCUGAAACUACUACUAGACGUACGACUGAAUUGGAAGCUGCAAGACCACAGACAGUAGGUGAGGAAGAAUUACAAUUACAAUUAGCUUUGGCAAUGUCAAGAGAAGAAGCAGAACAAGAAGAACAAAGAAGACGUAGUGAUGAUGUCAGAUUACAAUUAGCUCUUAGUCAAAGUCAACAAGAUUUUAAAGCACCUCAAACUGAGAAACAAAGUCAUAUGCUAGAUUUGCUGGAUGUAAAUUUAGAAGAAGCAUGUGGAUAUAAUGUAAAAACUGAUCCUUGGGGUAUACCAAUAACACCACCUCCACCCAGACCUCAACCACAAAAUGAUCCAUGGAGUGUUCCUACAACAAGUACUACAUCACCUGCAAUAGACCCAUGGACUCCCGUACCACAAAGAUCAACUGCUACAAUUGAUUCAUGGCGAGCACCUCCUUCAUCGCCUGUAACAGUUACAACUUCACCUAAUACAGAUCCAUGGUCACCAAUACCUUCUACUAGUACUACUGCUAUCACUACUGAAGUUGAUACAAAUAAAAAACAAGCUAGCCGAGAUGGUAUGACAUCUGCUUCUCCAUCUUUUAACAAUCCUACCUUAACACAAAAUAUUGGUUUUGCGGCACAAUCGCCACAAAAUAUAGGUUUUAAUUUGCCUACGACUUCAAAUGCUACAUUCAAUACAACUAAUAAUGACUUCAAUGGAACUGGUCCUAGUCUUAACAAUUUCCCUAUUGGAAAUCAAAACAAUUCUGUAGCCAGUCCACUAAGCGAUUUAGAUGAAUUCGAUGUAAUUACUAACAGAAAUAAGCCUGGAUCUAGUCUGCAAACUACAAAUAAUGCAACUACACUAUCACCAGAUCCAUUUGAUUUGGGAGGCAUAGCUGAAACUCUUCCCACUAGUACAGGAGCUGUUAAAAAAACACCACAAUCGUUCCUUGGGGAAAACUCUGCUCUUGUUAAUCUUGAUAAUCUUGUCAGUUCUUCUGCGAUCAAAUCCACAACGCCUACACCUGCAGCAUUUCAUUGGAAAUAAAUUCCAACAAUGUCAUAUUCGGCAAAUCCAUUUGCGACGGCAACAACGCCAUCUCGUCCUACAAUUAAUCAGAUUCGACAAGAUCCUUGGGCAGCGAAUACAACUACUACAGCGAAUCCGUUCCUUUCGUAGCUCGGUGAUAAUCGUUGAAUGUGUCAGUCGAAAAUCAAGAGCACUGUGGUUUAAAAUGUAUUCAAGAUUUUUAACGAUAACCCUGUACGGUAUAAGUUUCUCACUCAUUACGAAAUAGUUUUACUUGAAUAUAAAAAAUGAUAAAUAGAUAUAAAUGAUGUCUAAUCAAAUUAAAAUAUUUAUUAUGAACAUUUUAGUUUCCUUUCUGAUCUUAAUCAAUGACAAAGGGAAACUU